UUCAUCAGAUAUUUUACAACUACAAUGUUUAAAUUGAAAACAUUGCGCAGUGAGGAAGCAGGGCUCGAGACUGGCUUGAAAGUCUGCAAGAAGUUGGAGGACGACCUGGGGGACUGUCUGAAUGUCGUUGAUCGUCUAAGCCGGAAAAUCAAUGAUUCGGUAGAGGGUCCCCUUCCCGUAAACAGCUUGGGAUUAGUCUCUACACUAGAGUCAAGUAGCUGCUCUGACCUGAGUAGCAACUCCUUGUUGCGGAAGGAAUCGGAGGUGGGAGAGAUGGGCACACCAGUGGAAGCCAGAAGCGGCCAACAACUGAAUAGUUCCUAUGUGGAUAUGCACACGAAAUGCAUUAAACUUAAGCGCGAACUGGAAGGCACGUUGUCGCUCACCAAACAGAUAAGCGAGUUGUCAAAUCGCCAACGGAAUAACUACUAUAAUAUUCCAGAUCAGAUCACAGUCUACCUGGAGAAUAUGACGAAGAAGUGUCCAAUAUAAUAGAGGAUAGGGAGGCAUUGAGGAAGGCUGUUGCUCAUAUCAUCAAAGUUUAUUCAGCCGGUGAUCAGCACUCAAAAAUUGAACAUUUUCCCGACACUUGGCAGCUUUUAUUAAAAAUUACUGUCAGUAUAAGACGAGACAGAUAAGUUGAGCAACUUUCAAAACUCAUUUGGCUUGACAUGAAAAUAAGGCAAAGUUUUUCACUGUUUUUAUACCUGGUAAUCGUAGGGUCCAGGGGUAUAUUGUAUUCGUGAAAUGUUUGAAAUAGACAAGAGGAGGGAC